AUGCUCAAGCCGACGGCUUUACCAUGUGGCCAUUCUGAUUGCCAAGAAUGCUUGGCAAAAUUGUUAGCCUUGAAACCCAACCCAAAAUGCCCCUUGUGCAAGAAAUGUAUUCCAAGUAAUGAUCCCUUAAAUAUUAAUUAUAUCCUGCACGAUAUAACCGGCAAACUUCAAGUGUAUUGCACGAAUGAAGGCUGCCAUUGGACUGGUACGUACGAUGGCACCGAACAUCACGCUAAUCGGUGUGAAAGAGUUAAAGUGGAAUGUGAGAAUAAUGGGUGCACAGACGUUUUACAGCGAGGAGAUAUGGCAUCUCAUCUUUUAGAGUGCCUAAAGUAGGAGAUGCAGUGCAUGGACUGCGGCGAAAGCUUUACUAGAGAAAGUCGUCACAGCCACCUCGCUAUCUCCUGUUCAUACAGGGGGAUCUAUUGUCCACCCAGGUGCGAAGUGACCAUGCCACAUUGAGUAACGUUUGAUGAUCUUAUCUUUUUGUCUUCGCAUUAAAUUGAUAUUGCAAUUGCCGAAUCUCCAAAUCUAAGGACUUUAAAGUUGCAGAAGAUUUUUAAAUAAUCAUUUCGCUAUUAGAGAGUUUCCCGAGAGAGUUUAUUAAUUAAUGCAAAGGCGUUUUGGAGUGACGAGCGGAAAUGUUGCCUUUUCCCCUAGGGUGUUCCUUGCUAGCAAAGGUCUCUCACUUAGUUUGUCUUAAAUUAUUUACAGUAAAGACAAAGACAAAGUAAGGCACACUUACAAGGCCGAUGUACAGCUGAACUAAUUAGGCUAUUAUCCUUUGUAAUAAUCCUCACCGUCUUCAUUUUUAGAUGCAACUUGACUCUUCAUUUUUCUGAAUGCCAAGAGAAGGCGGUACAAUGCACUGUUUCUGGCUGCAGAACUAUAAUGCGACGCAAAAGCUUACAGGAGCACGUGGUGACAGCUGCGUCCUCCCAUGCAGUUCUCCAGUCAAGGGAAGUACAAAGACUGAGAGGCAUCAUACAUUUCAAGGUAGGGAAGGCUUCCUUUCUUGGUUAUUUGACGAUAUGCAUUUAUUUAAGCCUGUACGUAGACAAUGUGUUAUUUUUCUUUUCGUUCUUUUCGAAAGGUGAUCAAUAAAUUCUCCGUGGUUUUUAUUUUUUAUCACGUGCGCUCGACGAACUUUCCAGAGACAUGGAGAGAGAAUAGAGGGUCUGUGAACAGGCUACUUUUAUUCUAGUCUAGCCGGUUGUGUGUGGCCCAAAAGCAAUAAAACGGAAAGAUUUUUGGCAGACUACAAACAUCAUCGUCAAGUAUUACAACAAAUUGUCAUUACCCAUAGACAGUCGUGACACCACAGGUACCCCAAGCUCAUGAGUGGGAAUCGCUGCUUGACAGAAAUAUUAUAAGGGUUUGUAGAGGGAUUUCAGCGAUCGUUAUUUAGGGGUCGAAAUUGUAAUAAAGUUACUUCACAAUUUCUUACCUUGGGGAAUCAUAUAUAUAACAAACAACCGCAGAACUAAAACUCGCUGCAAAAUGGUCAAAAUUGACAAGAAAACACCAUAAAUUUUUAAAGGACACUCUUGAGCUUGGGUCUCUUACAGCUAGGGCAGCGUGACAUAUUCCUUUCAAGAAGGCCAUUAUACCUGAAGUUCAAACUUGCGAUGAAGGCAUGAUCUAUUUCACAGGAAAAAAUGCCCAGCAUGGAAGUUAUAGAGGAGGGCAUUGUCUCCUUUAGGUGGAGAUUGAGAGAGGGCUGGCGGAGUAUCAAAGAGUCUAUUGCCAGCUCGGAAUACCGCUGCCCAAAUGGACAUCAAUGGCAUGGCCUUUUAAUUUAUGAAGGUGGAAAGCUCAGCGUGUAUGUCCAGUUAAUUUCUGCUGUCACACCGGUGUUGGUUGAAGGAAGGUAA